CUGGUGCUUCAGUGCUCGACCUUCAUCCAGGUUUCUCUUUUCACCGUUCAGGGUACGGGAUAACUCCCUUCUUCUCCUCAAAUAAAGCCUGAAUUCUCUGGUUAUUCGAUCGACAUGGCUCCCAAUUUCGAGGAGUUGAACACGAACAUUCCUCGUGCAGCAUUGAAGGCCACGAGAAAUGCCGCUCUUUUACCUCCAGAUCUCGCCUUUCACAAAUCAAUGGACCCCGGUUUUGCAAAAGACAUAGAUGUUUUCUCCUCCAAGGUGUUAUUCUUGACGAAUCGGUUGCUCGAACUGGCGGCAACUAUUGAUACUCCAGGAAAAGGCAAGGGAAAAGUUCGGAGCGAAGAUGAUAUUUUGGAUAGCUUUGAGACGCUUAUCGUUGACCGUAUGGACCAACUGCUGGAGCGUGUCGACACCUCACUGGAUGAGUACCAGGGUAAGACAAAGCCUCCUGCCAUUGCAAUAAAUCCCUCAGUGGACCUUUCUUCCAUCAAGAAGAAGAAAUCGUCAGGUCAACCUGCUCCGGUCAUCCAACAUGCAGCCAACUUAGCUAAGCCUCAACUCAAAUUCAAGGUCCUCGUCGAUAAUAGCAAUACACCUUGGUAUCCUCGUUUGAAACACAAAUACCACGCGAAAGUUCCCUUAGGGUACAAACUUCUUGAUCAAGAUAGUGAUGCGUCUGAUAGCGCCAGUACAUUGUCCACUCAUCCGUAUCGAUAUGAAAUCACCCAUCUGUCGUACCCACCGCAUAUGUUUCAUCAAGCACCACCAAUACGGCCCAAGCCCUUCGAGACCUCCUCUUUCAGCUGGGUUUCUGCGCCAGAAGAGCUGCAAACCAUGCUGGGGAAGCUCCGUCAAGUGACAGAAAUAGCAGUCGACCUGGAACACCACAGUUAUCGUACUUAUGCAGGAUUUCUGUGCCUGAUGCAGAUUAGUACACGAGAAGAGGACUGGAUAAUAGACGUUCUUUCCCUUAGAGAUGAACUGGAAGUUCUCAAUGAGGUUUUUGCAGACCCGGGCAUCAUCAAGGUAUUCCACGGCGCCGAUAGCGAUAUCGUAUGGCUGCAACAAGACCUAAAUUUAUAUAUCGUGAAUCUUUUCGACACCUACCACGCAUCUCAGAUUUUAUCUUUCCCUAAGCAUGGCCUCGCGAAUCUACUGGAGAUGUACUGCGACUUCCUCCCCGACAAGCGGUAUCAAUUAGCCGAUUGGCGCAUAAGGCCACUUCCUGAGGAGAUGCUGAAAUAUGCUCGCUCCGAUACACACUUCCUAUUGUUUAUAUACGAUAAUCUUCGGAACGCGUUGUUGGAUCGUGGCGAAUCCCAAGCUCGUUCUCAAGCUCUAGAAGGUGGCCCAUCAUCCUCUCCGUUAUCCAGCGACUCCCUACUUCGUGAGGUGCUUGCCAGAUCACAGGAAACCGCUCUGAAAGUAUACGAGAAAGAGCUGUAUGAUGCCGCUGAAGGAACUGGUAGCACUGGAUGGGAUACCUUGGCUCGUAAAUGGAACAAAGGCACUCUUCUCGCUUCGGCGCCAAAUGUGGGCGUUGGUGCGCUUCAAAAGCAAGUAUACAAAGGUGUUCAUGCAUGGCGGGAUAAGAUUGCCCGCGAGGAGGACGAGAGUACCAGAUAUCUUUUGCCUAAUCAUUUCCUGUUCCAACUCGCAGAAAAUCCUCCCGCCGACAUGGCUGCGCUAUUGAGAGUUUUUCAUUCUCCUCCGCCUUUAAUGAAAAAAAGAGCGAGGGAGCUGUUAGAUACCAUCCGUGAUGCAGUCAAGGCCCAUCUUUCGCGUUCUGUUAGUGCCUCAAGUAUUCUCGAACCGCAACCAGAACCCAUGGAAGUCGAGCACGUCGAUGAAGACGUUGUAGCUCCAGAAACUCAGCCAACACCGUCUUCUACCCUGUGGUCCGGCUCUACGGCUGCAUCGAGUUUAGCGUCCAAAUCAUCGCUCUUCGGGACUGCCCUUCCGAAACCGUCCGUCCAGUCAUCGUCCCCAGGUAUCGCAACUUCGCAGAGCGCAUUGUUUGGAAAGAUGGCUCGCACAUCGAACACGAACCAGAGCAGCGAUACGAGUCGGUUCCGGGAACUAGUUACCCGGAUACAUAGUACACUUUCCAUCGCGCCAUCUGUACCCAAGCGUGUCAGUAUCGAACCUCAAGAGAAUGCUAUCCCCAUGCAAGUUGACGAAACCGCUGAGGAUGGUAUAGUAGAGAUGCAAGCGGAGAUACCGUUUAUCCCUGCGUCUCAAAGGCAGCCACGGGAACAGAUUGAAGAUACCCUUGUCGUGGUUGGUCAGGCUAGGCAGAAAAAGCGUAAACGAGCCGCCCCUGCAGAUACAGAUGACGGCACGACAGGAACGGAGGCGACUUCUUCCAAGAAAUCGAAAUCUGGAGAGGGUGAAAGCGCCGUUCAAGAUCCAGAGCCGUUUGACUUUUCGUCUGUGCCAAAUGUCCUUGACCAAGUUCCGGAAAUCCACGGAGAUAACAAAGUAAAAAAGAAGGGCAAACAAAAGAAAGGCGGCGGGUCCUAUUUCUAUGGCGAUUUCCCAGCUCCUCCUAAGGGACAUAGUGAGGUCAAGAGUGGAAAUCAGUCUCACACAUUCCAGAAAUGACCGGGGAAUUUACGUUCUUGAAGGCGAGGUUUGUUUGCGUAGUGUUCAUUGCCAAUCAAAUACUCGCUUGUGACCGGACUACCCGAUAUCUCCCUCGUUAAUAAGCUGGAACUUUCGCCACAGAGUAACUGUUUUGCGUAAAGUAACG